GGCAGCAGCCCUUGUGGGUCAGUGAGGACCGGUCAUCAUGAGGAGCUGCAUCGUCUGGACGCUGCUGCUCAGCAUCGCUGCUGCUGCAGUGUUUGUGGAGAAACGUGACGCGAGUGCGUUGCUGCCGCGGCGCCGGCGAGCGAACAGCGGCUUCCUGGAGGAGCUGAAGCAAGGGAACCUGGAGAGAGAGUGUGUGGAGGAGAUCUGUGACUUCGAAGAAGCUCGGGAGGUGUUCGAGGACGAGGACCAGACGAAACAGUUCUGGCUGACGUACAACCGUCGUGACCCGUGCCUGGAGAACCCGUGUAAGAACAACGGCUCCUGUGUGAACAUGGGAAGCAGCUACGAGUGUGUGUGUCCGGAGGGAUUCGAAGGACGAUACUGUCAGACAGUGUUUGAAGACUCGUUGAAGUGUCUCUACCUGAACGGACACUGUCAGCACUUCUGCGACGGCUCGGGUCAGAGACGUCGAUGUUCCUGCGCCGACGGCUACGAGCUGGCGGAGGACGGACGCCAGUGCGUCGCUCGAGUCGAGUUCCCGUGUGGUCGUCUGGCGCCACAGGAAGCCAGCCUGAACCAGAGCGUGGGGGGGCAGACCCGCCUGGUGGGGUCCAACCAGUGUCCCACAGGAGCCUGUCCCUGGCAGGUUCUGGUUCAGUUGAACCGGACCAGUCACUGCGGGGGAGUUCUGAUCCGUCCCGACUGGGUCGUCACCGCCGCCCACUGUCUCCAUGGCAACAACACACACCACCUUGUGGUGGUCGCAGGAGAAAACAACCUGGACGUAGAAGAAGGCACCGAGGACAGGGCUCCUGUUGCCAUGGCGAUCGUCCAUCCAGGUUACGACGCAGCGACCGGCGCCAGCGACGUGGCGUUGCUGCGGCUGAGCCGAGGCGUCACGCUGACCCGGCACGUGGUCCCGGUGUGUCUGCCCGACCGGGAGCUGGUGGAGCGCGAGCUGCUGCAGGUUCGCUACCACACGGUGACGGGCUGGGGGAAGAGGACCACCGGGGGCAACGCCGAGCCCCCCGGGACGCCGCCCGGCGCUCCGCUCUCCCCCCUCCUCCGCAAGAUGACCGUGCCCAUCCUCCAGAACUCCCUGUGCUCCUCCAGAGCCCGGUUCAACUUCACCGGCACCAUGCUGUGCGCCGGCUACCUGGACGGGCGCCAGGCCAGCUGCCGCGGGGACGACGGCUCGCCGCUGGUCACAGAGUACGGCUCCACCCACUUCCUGACGGGGGUGGUGGGUUGGGGGCGGGGCUGUGCACAGCCUGGUUAUUAUGGGGUGUACGCCAACAUGGCCCACUUUGUGGACUGGGUGGAGCAAACCAUGAAAGCCCCGCCCACCAGCGUGACAGCCAGCGAGCAGCCAGUGGAGAGAAGUGCGCCCCCUACUGACAUGGAGCAGAAAACCGUUUCCUAAAAGACGAAUUUUAGAAAUGAUUGUUAAAUCUUUAUUUGAUCUUAAUGUUUCAGUCUGAAUGAAACAUUUGUUUCACUGUAAAACUUUUCUUCUGACUGUUGAAGACAAAAUGAAUAAAGUCAUAAAAGUCCUGGAA